AUGGACCUUGUCAGCAGUAGUAGUCCUAUUGGCUCGCUGCUGAACGGCGUCGACCGGCAGUAUGCCUACAUUGCAGGCACGGCAUUCUUGGUGUUUGCCCUUGUGGCCGCGAUUCUUCUCUUCUCCUUCCGGAAGCAGAAAAUCGAUUACGAUAGCGGAAUUUUCACUUAUUUGAAGUUCAUUUACGCUUCAUUUCUCAAACCCCAUGAAAAUGGUGACGGUCAGCAAGACGCAUUGGAGAGCUUCUACAAAACCCAGGCGGGUGUUUACGAUGCCACCAGGAAGCGUCUUCUCUGUGGUAGGGAGGACAUGUUAGGUCUUGUUGCUGCUCAGUUGAAACACAAGGUGGAAAGCAAGGCGCUCCGGCAUGGAGAGGCUGUGUGGGUUGACAUGGGCGGUGGCACAGGAUAUAACAUCGAAGCUAUGGCUGCCUUUCUUCCCGUCGACUCAUUCUUCUCGCAUGUCUACCUAGUUGACCUUUCCCCUUCGCUCUGCGAUAUCGCCCGCCAGCGUUUCCACCGACUCGGAUGGAAAAACGUCUCUGUUGUCUGUCAAGAUGUGCGGACUUUCCGUCUCCCAGAAAUUGAAAACGUCGACCCUCGGACCAAGGUUAGCAGAGCUAUUUCGGGUGCCGAUGUGGCUACUAUGAGUUACAGCUUGUCCAUGAUCCCAGACUACUAUAGUGUCGUCGAUUCCUUAACAUAUUUGAUGAAGACUAGUGGAAUUCUUGGUGUCUGCGAUUUCUACGUCCAAAGCAUUGUUGAUGUCUCAUCCCGCAACUACAUCGGUGGCGCUUUCAACCGUCAUGUCAACUGGCUUGGGCGCUUAUUCUGGCGUGCCUGGUUCGAUUUGGAUCGUGUGUCGCUCGAGGCUGCUCGUCGUGACUACUUGGAAUACCGCUUUGGGACUGUCAUCUCAGCUAGUGAGCGUAACUACCUCCUUGGAGGCAUUCCCUACUACAUCUUCAUCGGGUGUCAGAAGGAUGUUGUGUCAAGCCCCGCCGGUAAUGACGCUAUCGAAAAGUUGGACGCUUCUUUCACUGAGUCGCCUUACUUAUCCCCCGCCAACCACCGACAGGAGGUGGAGAAGGCAAAUGAGCAGAGUGCUCGCGAGAUUCGAUCCAAGGCCUACGAAUCAGCCAUCAUCAACCUAGACUCGAACCUUCCGCUUCCAUCUGCAUUCUACCAGAACCACCACUACCGGAUCUUCUACAACGACCUGCUCCCCAAGCACACACAGUUUGGAAACGAGUACAUUUAUGCUUUCAACUGGGAGGACCCUCGUGUGGACCAUCGACUUUUGAAUAUCACCCGUGAUGAUGUGAUCUUGGCCAUCACCAGCGCUGGUGACAAUAUUUUAGACUACUUGCAGAACAGCCCCCGCAGAGUUCACGCUGUAGACUUGAACCCUAACCAGAACCACCUUUUGGAACUUAAGGUUGCCAGCUUCACUGCCUUGGGACACCGUGAUGUAUGGAAGAUCUUCGGCGAAGGAAAACACCCUGAGUUCCGUCAACUACUCGUUUCUAAGCUCAGUCCUCAUCUUUCCAGCCAGGCCUUCCAGUACUGGUUGGAGCACACUCAUGUUUUCACAUCUUCUCACGGAAAAGGACUCUACGAGUCCGGUGGGUCGCGUCAUGCAAUCAAGAUGGUCCGCUACAUCUUUAAGGUCUUUGGUCUCGAGAGCGAAGUGCGGAAGUUAUGUGAAGCUCAGACCCUGCCUGAGCAGCGCGCUAUCUGGCCUCGUAUCCGUCGAGUUCUCAUGAGUCGCCCACUUCACUGGGCUGUGGUGGGAACCGAAUGGUUUGCGUGGAAGGCUGCUGGUGUUCCACGAAACCAGCGAAAUAUGAUCAUUGACGACUACUACAAGCGAAAUGGUCUCAACCAAAACAUGAAGCAGAGCAAGGAUGUCAGUGGACAGUCAAUCUGGGAGUAUGUUAUUGACACUCUGGAUCCGGUGGUCCAGGACACCAUGAUCAGCAACGACAACUACUUCUACUUCCUGUGUCUUCAAGGCCAGUUCUCCAGAAAAUGCCAUCCCGCCUACCUUUCUCCUAGAGCCCACGUGAAGCUUUCGUCGCCAGGUGCUUUCGAUGGUCUCCGUAUCCACACUGAUGAGAUCAACGAAGUAAUCAAGCGGAUUACUCCUCGCAGCUUGACCAUUGCAGUGGUCAUGGACUCCAUGGAUUGGUUCGACACCGACGGCGUGGAAGCCUCUUCCCAAGCCCAGACCCUAAACUACGCCCUGAAGAUGGGCGGUCGUAUCCUCCUUCGUUCUGCCAGCAUUGAGCCAUGGUACAUCAAACAAUUCGAGGAGAAUGGUUUCUCUGCUCGUCGUGUCGGGGCAAGGUUCCAGGGCACAUGUAUCGAUCGUGUAAAUAUGUACGCCUCGACUUGGAUCUGCACGAAGACCAAGGAGGUUCGGAAACCCUCUACAGACCGAGGGAUUUCUUCGUUCUCGCUUGAUGAGAAACGACCGAGCGUUGACCACCUCGAGCUUUAG